GAUUUGAUUUACUUUCUCUCACUAGCUUUUUUUAAUGAUUUUUUUCUCUCUCCAGCCCCAAACCAAACCCUAAAUAAACCCCACCAUCCAGCCUUGCCACAUCUAUUGCAUGCCCCUCUUUUGUUUCAUUUAAAUAUUUAAUCUCAUUGUUCUCUUCUCCUCCCCUCCCCUCUUAAAAACAAGAACUCUCUCUCAAAACCAAUUACUACUGGCCAAGUAACCAUAACAGAAGCCUCUUAUAUAGAGACCAAGCACCAAUUCUUGAACCAGAAUCGAUUUUCUUUCGUAAAUUCUCUUUGUUGAACAUGGCUGUUGAAGCUCAGCAUCUCAAUCUAUUCCCUCGUCAACUUUUAGGCAACCGGGAAUUAGUGAACCAACUUGAAGGAAACACAAAUAUUUACAGUACCCAGAUGGGUUACCGUCUUCCGCUAUCCGCCACCACAUCAACGACGGAGACUCUGCUUCCGAUGUACAAUUCCGUGAUUACAGAUUCAAUCCCGCAGAAAAAUCAAAUCAAAUCAGAAAGCGGUUUAUCCUACAAUAUUAACGUUCCCAUGUCAAGAAAACGGUCGAGAGACUCGAUCAAUCCGCUGAUUUCAUACCCAAUUCCACAGCCUAACAACAAAAUUUCUUCUCCUUACUCGUUCUUGGGGCAAGACAUCUCCCAACAGAUUCACCAGCAGCAAAUUGACGUCGACCAUCUUAUUUCUCAACACAUGGAAAAAGUGAGAAUGGAGUUAGAAGAGAGGAGAAAAAGGCAAGCGAGGAGAAUUAUAGAGGCGAUUGAAGAAGGGAUGUUAAAAAGAUUAAGGGCAAAAGAGGACGAAAUUGAAAAAAUGGGGAAGUUAAAUUGGGCGCUCGAGGAGAAAGUUAAGUCUCUGUGCAUUGAGAAUCAAAUAUGGCGAGAUUUAGCACAAACAAACGAAGCAACAGCCAAUGCUCUACGGACAAAUCUUGAACAAAUCCUUACGUCGCACGAGCGCACCGGUUACGGUGUAUUCGACGAAGCGGCGGCGGAGAUGGACGAUGCGCAGUCGUGCUGCGGCAGCAGCGAUGAGGGGCAGGAAAGGGAGAAGAUUGGGUCAUCGGAGAUGUGUACUUUAGUGGGAAGGGCGCAGGAUAAGGAGACAGGUGGUGGGUCGAGUAAUAACAGUAGGAUGUGCAGAAACUGUAGAAAAGAAGAGUCGUGUGUGUUACUAUUGCCGUGCAGGCAUCUUUGCUUGUGUACUGUUUGUGGGUCAAGUCUCAAUACUUGCCCCAUCUGUAAAGCCACCAAAAAUGCCAGUUUCCAUGUAAACAUGUCAUGAUACAUGACGCCAAAUUCUGAGUUUAACUUUCCAGAACAACAAAAUUAUUAUGUUCAUUUUAUUA